UCAGCUUCACUGCGCAACCUGUGCGCUCCUCGUCUCUUGGUGUCAGUUGUUAUUUGCCAUUAAAUUAGCGCUUCAGUCGUCGGAUAUCUGUAUCCUCCUGUUUCACACACUGGACUCAGCUGCGACUGAGCAGGAGGCUGUGGCUGUCUUCUGCAGGUGUAAGAGCACGAUGGGACACACACUCUUCAUGUGUUUAAUAUGGAUCCAGGUUGCACUCAUGAUUGGAGAGCCACUUUGUAGCAGAACCGUGCAAUUUGUGCCCAGCAGCGCUGAGACUGAUGUGUGGGCAAGCCAAGGCUCCAAUGUUGAACUGAACUGCACAGUUCUGAUACACUACAGCAACAACAGUGAGUCUGAAUGUAAGGCCCAUCUGCGUUGGAGCAAAGAUGGAGAACCUCUCCGCAGCCCUGGUUCCUUCACCAAGAACACCUCCCAGUGGUUCACAGACGAAGACCAGCUGAUGGUGAGCAGUGUUCUGACUGUGAGUCUGAAGGAAGAGUCAGAUUAUGGUCUCUACUCAUGUGAAAUAUGGAACAGUACAACCAUCUUCAGGCUUAAAAACACCAUCUUCCCCAGUCACACAGGGGCAGUGAUCGCAUCCCUGGUUUUGUUCGUAAUGUUGUUCUUGGCUGUUCUAGUGUAUUCAAAAUGCCACCUCAACUUCAAACUCUGGUAUAAAAACUCAUAUGGAGAUUAUGAAAUCAGUGAUGGCAAAAUUUAUGAUGCCUACAUUUCAUACAUAAACGAUGAGAAUGACCAGAAGUUUGUAAAUUUUAUUCUGAAACCUCAACUGGAGAAUAAGUAUGGGCACAAGUUACUCCUUAACAACACAAACAUCCUCCCUGGAGCAGAGCCAUCUGCAGAGUUGAUUAUGAACAUCAGUCGCUGCCGGCGGCUCAUCGUCGUGCUGUCACAGGCCUAUGUACAGCAGGAGUGGUGCACUACCAACUUCAGACAGGGCUUAUUUCACCUGCUGGAGCUGUCUCGGAAGCCCAUCUUCAUCGUCUUUCAGUCUCAGCAGAAGCAUGUGAGUGUGGACAUCAUCCAGCAGCUACGAGAUCACCAGGCACGCAUCACGACUCUCAUCUGGGGAGCACAUUCCAUUACCCCAUCAUCAUCAUUUUGGAAGGCACUAGCUUUGGCCAUGCCCCGUAAAGUGGUGUUCCAGAGUGAGUUGCCUGGAGACCCUCAGACUCUGCUCGAGGGGGAUAGGGACCCCAUGCUCACCAUGCAGCCAGACUAUCUGGAUUGCAGACCUGAUCCAGACCCUGAAGGAGAUCUGGGCAUACGGUUCCCCACCUAUAAAGCAAUGUCCAGGGACCAAGUUCUCCCUCCAGCUUCUGAUCCAGUGACUGAAGCCAAAACCCCUGAGAUUGAUGUGUCUGACCUGGGCUCCAGGAGCUACGCUGCCCGAAGAGAUUUUUACUGUCUGGUUACUGAUGACAUUUGAACCUGGAGCACUACACCUUGUUCCUCUUUCACUCCAAUGAGUACAGAGCAAAACAGAAGCUCUAGCCUAUUUCAGUGGUCACUCUUUGUUUGUGUUUCAAAAAAUUUCUGUGUUUUAGGAAACUAGAUUUGACCAGAUUAGAGGAGCACAAGUCAUUUACAAGGGCUUGAGUUUAGGUAAACUCAGCACACAACAUCCAAGCCACUACCCUUUAAUCUGAGAUUUUUAAUUUUUCUAUAUAAAAAGUCCUAUAUUUAAAAUUAUGUUUGCUAGCCGGUUAGGCUGUUAGUUCUGAGAGGUUAUGCCUUUAGAUCAAGUAAAGUAAAAAUUCUGUAUAAAUUUUUUCUUUUCUUUUGCCUUUCCCUUUCUUGUACUUUCAGCACACAAGUUACUGCAAAAGCAUUGAAGUGCAUCAUAUUGCUAACAUUUCGUAUUAGUUGAUGUAUAUAGCUUUUAUAUUUGUAUAUACUUCAAUUCAGUGUUUCCAAAUAAAUUCAUUUUGUGGGCCA